AUGAGGAGACUAUUGCAGUUGGCCAUCCCCUACUUCUCCAUAACCCUGUACAACCAAAAGGCCAUGAUCAAAAAUGCCAGUUUGUCAGAGGAGAUGCAACAGGACUUUGUGGAGUGUGCUACUCAGACACUGGAGAAAUAUAACAUAGAGAAAAACCUUGCCGCCCAUAUUAAGAAAGAGUUCAACAGUGAGUACAACCCCACCUGGUACUGCAUUGUGAGAAGGCAUUUUGGUGUUAAUGUGACGCAUGAAACCAAACAGUUCAUCUACUUCUACCUGGGCCAAGUGACCAUUCCUCAGUUCAAAUCUGGUGAAAAGCAUGGACUAUGUCACACACCCAGUGAUCCAUCCAAAAACAAGGACUGCAGACUAAAUUUCAAAUACCAGAUGCUAAAAUGUUCAGCCUUGCCCAAGGGAACACCUUGA